AGGAGGAGCCGGUUCUGCCGGCUCCAUAGGAAACGCACCCAGAUCCCUGUAAUCCUCUUUGUUGGAGCCCAACUAAUUGCAAUUAGCAGCAGGGGCUGAAGUUCAAUUAAAGUGUACUGAGAUUAUUCCUUUUUGUAAUUGCUUUAAGGCUGGGAUUAAGGGAAGCUUUGGGAUGAUAGCAUCCCAAGCCAGUGGGGCUGCCCCACUACUGCCCGGUGUCGGUGCAGUUGCCAGGUAAAGGCAGCGAUGGUGGCAUCCAUAGGGAUGAAUCCAUCCCUGGAAGGGCAGAAUGCACCCGACCCAGGAUGGAUUCUGGCAGUGCCUGCAGGCAGGAGCCCAACAGCAGCAUCCCCGUGAUCAAGGGGCCUUGGGGUGACCUUUGGGGGGAGUGGGGCAUCCCCUCGGUGGUCUGGGAUCCUGACACCGUCAUUCCCAGCAGCUCUAAUCCAGACGCCCCCAUCCCGCAGGGAAGGACACCAGAUUACCCCUGCGGGAAGCAGGGACGUGAAUAAUCCUAUUACCCGGAGCAGGAUAAAUCUGCCCUCCCCUAAAAGCCCCCCCAGAGCUCUGCAGGGGGUGAGCUGGAGGACGGAGGGGCCCUGUGGAGCAGCGCUGGCCUCAAGGACCGCGGCGGCCAAGUAAGUCGGGGGCUCUGCCCCAUGCAUGGGAUGGGACCUGGUCCCGGUGGCACUGGGGCUCACUGGGAUGGGAUGUGCUGUGCUCCAGGCAGGAGCCUGCUGUUGGGUUCUGCGCCUGCAGCUGGGAGCCGGGUACCUUUGGCAUCUCCCCAGGCCAGAUCCCAUAGCGUGGACCCCACAGUGGUGCUGAACCCCCUCACAUCGGUGCUGGAUCUCAGCUCAUGGUGUGGUUGCAGUGCUCAGAGGCACAAGCACAGUGGGAUGGAGUCCAUGUGCUGCCCUGUGAUGUCCAUUGGCUCUGGUCGCCUGCAUCCCAGCAUGGACCCAGAGGCAUCGGCAGCGUGGGGUGCCCACCAUUCCCAAAUCGCAUCCCGUUAUCCUGAGGGAUGCCUUGCUCCCACGCCUGUGGCACAGACCCGCCAUGAGCCAUGGCUGGGGGUCCUGGCAAUGCCAAUGGGGAGCUCCAUCCAUGCUGGGGCAGGGACCGAGGGCUGGAGGAGCAGCCCCAAGGGAGGCAGCAGCUCCGUAUCCCCAUGGACGCCCUUCCCUGCCUUUGGGGCAAGGGGAUUAUCGGGCUCUGAGCUGGGCUAAGGCAAGGCUGUAGGGAGGGGGCUCUGCUGCGGGGUGGAUCAGUGAUAACCGAGGGGUGCCGGGGGCACACAGCACGGUGGGGGGAGCCGGUGCCCCCACAUCUCCCCUCGUCCAGGUGUGAGGAGCCGUCCAGCGCCAGACCCACAGCGACCCCAGCACAGCCAUGAGCCUGGAGCCCCCCAAGGUGGAGGUCAAGUCAGCCACAAGGGUGACGGGGGGACCCGCCACCCCCCGGAAGGGCCCCCCCAAGUUCAAACAGAGGCAGACGAGGCAGUUCAAAAGCAAGCCCCCCAAGAAGGGGGUGCAGGGGUUCGGCGACGACAUCCCGGGCAUGGAGGGGCUGGGAACAGAUAUCACCGUCAUCUGUCCCUGGGAAGCCUUCAGCCAUCUGGAGCUGCACGAGCUGGCGCAGUACGGCAUCAUCUAGGCAGGCUGCAGCCACCGCUGCGCUCCCACCCUUUAGUGCUGUGUAGGUAGAGCCUGCCCCGUCCUUAUGGCGGGGCUCAGCCUGGAGAAAUGCUCAUUAAAACCCAAAACGAGCCCCGGGA